AUUCCUUCGAUCUCACUCCUCUCUCUCUCUCUCUACCCUCUUGUAUAUAUACGUAUAUACCCGGAAACAUUCAAAGAUGAGAGCCAAAAACCCUGUUGAAGCUGGCAAUUGGAGGCUAUACUGAGACCUUUUUGAAAGAUGGGCAAGGUGUCUUGGCCUUCCAAUGCAGAGUUGGAUGAAAUGAAGAAGUUGGUUGCUGAAAUAGCUGGAAGAUGUACUGAGGAUGUCAGGGUAGUUGUUUCCCCAUAUAGGAUUUGUCCGCUGGGAGCCCAUGUUGAUCAUCAGGGUGGAACUGUUUCAGCUAUGACCAUCAACAAGGGUAUACUUUUAGGAUUUGUUCCUUCUGGAGAUUCUCAGCUCUUUGUGCAGGUUAUACUACAUUCAGGACAGUUUAAAGGAGAAGUUAGGUUCAGUGUAGAUAAAAUUCUGCACCCAAUACAUAUUGUCAAGGCAAGUGACAAUAUCAACGAAAGUGGUGCAUCCAAACUCCAACAAGAAUGCACGUGGGGAAAUUAUGCUAAAGGUGCCCUAUAUGCUCUACAAAGUAGAGGAAACGUUCUCACCCAGGGAAUCAUUGGCUUCGUCUCUGGUUCUGAAGAUCUUGAUAGUUCUGGACUUAGCUCUUCUGCAGCUGUUGGAGUUGCUUACCUUUUAGCUUUUGAGAGUGCCAAUAAUCUUGACGCGUCUCCCACAGAAAACAUUGAGUAUGAUCGGCUGAUUGAAAAUGAAUAUUUAGGUCUGAAAAAUGGAAUACUGGAUCAAUCAGCUAUACUUCUUUCGAGCUAUGGAUGUCUGACCUGUAUGAACUGUAAGACCAAAGAACACAAGCUUGUACGUCUGCCAGAAUUUCAAAAUCUUGAAACAGAGAAGCCGAAAGCAUACAGGAUACUAUUGGCAUUUUCAGGCUUGAAGCAAGCUUUAACAAGUAACCCUGGAUACAACCGCCGAGUUGCUGAGUGUCAAGAGGCUGCAAGACUUCUGUUGCAUGCCACUGGGAAUGAAGCGAUAGAGCCUCUGUUAUCCAAUGUUGAACCAGCAGCAUAUGAAACUCACAAGAGCAAAUUAGAACCCACUUUAGCUAGAAGAGCAGAGCAUUAUUUCUCAGAAAAUGUGCGGGUGGCAAAAGGACUUGAUGCAUGGGCUUCUGGCAAGUUAGAAGAUUUUGGGAAGCUCAUCUCAGCUUCUGGCCUUAGUUCCAUCCAAAAUUACGAAUGUGGUUGUGAGCCAUUGAUACAGCUGUAUGAGAUCCUUGUAAGGGCUCCUGGUGUGUAUGGAGCACGGUUUAGCGGUGCUGGAUUUCGAGGGUGCUGUAUUGCAUUCGUAGAUGCUGAUUCUGCAAAUGAAGCUGCAUCUUUCGUUAGGAAUGAAUACCAAAAGCUCCAACCCAAGUUGGCAAGCCAAAUCAAAAGCAAAAAAGCAGUUCUAAUAUGCGAUCCCGGUGAUUGUGCUCAUGUAAUUUGACUGUUGAGUAUUUCUGUUUCGAAAAAGAGAAGAAAAAAACUUCGUAUUCUUGCACCUCUUAUAAAAUGCGGUGCAAAAUUGUUCGUUGAGUUUGCAGAAUUGAAUAUUCCCAGAGAUGUUGCUGCUUAGGUAUUGCGUCAAUCUAGUGGAAUACCAAGUGGAGGGUGAGAUUGGUCUCCCAAAUUAGUCAGUCCAUUUGUCCGUGGUUCAAAUACCGAGUUAUCAAAAGUAUGUGUUAGGAUCAAACUGUGGGUGAUUGCGCUCAUUUAAUUUGAUUGGUUGAGUACAUUCUUGCAACUGUUUAUGAAAUGCUAUGUAAAUUGCUCCAUUGAAUUCAUUUAAUGAUAUAAUCGAAUACCCUGAGACAUUUUUGUUUCC